AUGAGUUUAGAAUCAUAUUUCUGUUUAAUUGUAUUUUUAUCAUCAAUUCCUAUAAUUUCAUUAUUCAUUAGAUUAAUAUGUAUAUUACCAUUCACUAAAAUAUCAAAAUCAAUUAAUGAUUCAAAAAAAUCAAUAAAACCAUUUAAAGGGUCAAAAAUUUCAAUUUUUUUAGGAUCAGGAGGUCAUACAGGAGAAAUGUUAAAACUAAUAUCAAAAUUAGAUAUAUCUGAUUUAAAAACAACUUGGAUUUAUUCAUCUGGUGAUUUAUCCUCCAUAAAUCAAAUAAAACAACAUAAUCAAAAUGCACACCUAAUAGAAAUACCUCGAGCAAGAAAAGUAGGUCAAUCAUAUCUAACAUCAAUUCCAACAACACUAUACUCAUUUCUAAUAUCAUCAAUAACAUUGCUAAACCACAAUCCCAAAAUCCUAUUAUUAAAUGGUCCAGGUACUUGUAUUCCAAUAGCAUAUAUUUUAUUUUUCUACAAAAUUUUCGGAUUAAACAACACUAAAGUUAUAUAUAUUGAAAGCUUGGCUAGAGUCAACAAAUUAAGUCUUAGUGGGAGGUUAAUCAUGCCUAUUGCUGAUCGAUUUAUCGUUCAAUGGGAGAAUUUAUAUCAUCAGUAUAAUAGAGCUGAAUAUUAUGGGAUUUUGUUGUGA